GGCAAAAACCACCUACCGGGCAGGGCACUCCCAAUCGGGAACCAACCAUGCUUCUUCAUGCUUCUUCUGAAGCCCUCCAUCUUCGGCUCCGGCAUCGUGAUUGGUAUCUACCAACCUGGCCGGCCGGGCCGUUUAAUAUACUGACUAGCCAUAACUGCAACGAUCCCCGCAACGACACGCCGCGCCCUCAUAUUGUCUGGUGUUGGGGGCAUCCACCCCGGACUUGUGUUGUGUUGUACAUAUGUACAUGAUCGUAUCGACAACAGGGAUGCGGCCACGAUAUAUAAGCCAAGACAUGUGCCGUGUCAAUGCCGUGCCGUGCUCCUCAUACACUCCUUCCAUCUAUCAGCUCUCUAUUGUUGUGAUAUCCAUCUCCAGCCAUGAAGAACCUCCUCGGCCUCGCCUUAGUGGCCGCCCUCGCUGUCAGCGAUGUCUCGGCACACUACAUCUUCCAGCAACUCUCGCAUGGUUCGACCCAGUUCCCCGUGAACCAAUACGUCCGCAAGAAUACGAACUACAACUCCCCCGUUACUGAUCUGGCCUCGAACGACCUGAGAUGCAACGUCGGAGCAACCGGGGCCGGUACCGAGACCGUCGCCAUGAAGGCUGGGGACUCGUUCACCUUCACCUUGGACAUUGCAGUAUACCACCAGGGCCCGAUCUCUCUGUAUAUGUCCAAGGCGCCGGGCAAUGUAUCGAGCUACGACGGCAGCGGAGCUUGGUUCAAGAUCUAUGACUGGGGCCCGACAUUCAGCGGCGGUCAAGCCACCUGGCCGAUGCGCCAGACCUACACCUACACGAUCCCCAAAUGCCUUGGCGACGGCGAGUACCUGCUGCGUAUCCAGUCCCUCGCCAUCCACAACCCUUGGCCGGCGGGUAUUCCCCAGUUCUACGUCGGCUGUGCCCAGGUCGCGGUCAGCGGCGGCACGGCCAAGGCGCCGUCGGCCACGGUAUCGAUUCCCGGCGUCUUCAAGGCGACGGAUCCCGGAUACACCGCCAAUAUUUACACAAACUUCAACAGCUACACUGUCCCCGGUGGACCCGUUGGCCUCACCUGCUGAGGCAGGGGCAGUUUGUCGCCUGGGUUAGACGCUUGAAGAAUCGCUCUUCCAAGCGGUUCUAAAGGUCUGGAUGUCCUUGGCCAGAUGCUGAAGUUUAUGGGCGGGGAGGGUUGAAUUUGGUUGGGAGCUGGUUCUUUGCAUUGUGGGAGCCGGGUUGUAUAUAGUUGAAUGCAUGCAAGGGACUUUUCUGACGACUCCGAGAUAUCUAUCCUUGUAAACAUUUCCUCAGUGAGAGUAUCGGGAACGUCGUGAGUCUGCUAAUACUUCUAGCAAGGACUUAACGUUCUGGAGUAGGAAGUUUAAAGGAUUGUGGUCACUGGUUC